UAGUCCUGGCCUAGCUCAGCAUCUCUAUCCAAUCCUUCCUCCCCUUCUCCUCUCUCCCGAAGAUUUCUUGUCCUCGUCUGUGUGCUCCGGCUCGGCUCGGCGCGGCGCGGUCAAUCCCUCGGCGGACGCACCCACUCGGCCGCCAGCCGAUCCGCGCGUGAUCGUCCGUGAUCUUCGCCGGAUCUUGCUUAGCUAGCUCCGGGCGCGCGCAUGUCGACGGCGGUGGCGCCGGGGAUGGCGCGGGCGCACGGGUUCCGGGGCGCGGGAAAGGGGAACCAGCGGCCGGAUUCGGAGGAGCUGGAGAGGAAUCACAACGGGUUCUAUGCUGACGAGGAGGAGGUUGGCAGGGAGGAGCUGCGGGAACUGGAGGAGGCGCUGUCGGAUGCCUCCUCGAUCGGGGCGGCCUCCUCGGAUAGCUCGUCCAUCGGGGAGGACUCCUCGUCGGAGAAGGAGGAGGAGGAGGACGUGGAGAGCGAGGCCAAGGCGCCGGUGGAUGAGGUGCUCGCUAUGGGGCUCGGCACCCUCGAAUCGCUGGAGGAUGCGCUGCCCAGCAAGAGGGGCCUCUCGAAUUUCUACGCCGGCAAGUCCAAAUCCUUCACGAGCCUGGCCGAGGCUGCAGCCAAGGCGGCGGCCAAGGAGAUCGCCAAGCCGGAGAACCCCUUCAACAAGCGCCGCCGCGUGCUGGCCGCAUGGUCGCGGCGGCGGGCCUCCUGCAGCUCGCUGGUCACCACGUACCUGCCGCCACUCCUCUCCCUGGACCACACCGUGGUGGAGGGCGACGAGAAUGAGGAAGAAGAGGAGGAGGAAGACCGGUCGGAGGAGGACGACGGCGACGACGAGGGUAAUGGCAGCGGCAAGGGCAGGAGGGAGAAGGCGCCGGCGUCGCCGAGGUUCCCUCCGCCCAGGCGCACCCUGCACAGCGCGUCCCAGAAGGCGAGCGUCAUGAGUAGGAACAUGAAUCUUCCGAACACGAGCUCAUUCCGAUCUCCAAGGUCAUUCUCCCUCUCCGAUCUGCAAAACGCUGGAUACAACUAGCUGAAACGUAGGCCGGAUUUAGGUUGGCGAGAUGCUGCUGCUACUGUAUAAUCAAGAGGUCUCUACAUAUAAGAGAACAUUAAUUUGUUGUGUUUGUCUGUCUGUCUGUCUGUUGGCCUCUUCUUGAAUCACCCGGUACAAUAGCAUAGCAUGGCAUGGCAAUGGCAACACGAAGUGGCCAUUUCUGUCACCGAAACUGCAGGUUGUUGCCCAUGUUCUCAUCGAUUAAAGGAUAAUGAUCUUGAGCUGA